AUGAAUACUUUUGCUGCAGACGCUUCCGUCAGAUUUAAUCACAAGAUAAAUCUGAUUGCUGGAAGAGACAGACUCCUUGUGGAAUUGUUGAUCCACCAACACCCCUCAUAUGCUGGUCAUGGGCAAUCAGGUGCUGCCUGGGAUGAAAUCCUCAAAAAGAUCAAUGAUGCUGGAGGUAAAGGCAACAAAAUUAGUGUCUCAACACUCAAGCAGAGACACAAGAAUCUGGUCAAGCAGUUCAAAUUUUUAAAGGAGGCUGAAGGAGAUUGGGGCAAGGCCAUGAAAAAGCAAUUAGCUUCUGAGGAAGAAGUCCAGAAGCAGACAGAUAAAGUAGAGGGCAGUUCUUCUGGACAUCUAGUUGGUCAAUCGACGGCUGGCUUAUCUGAUGCCAGAGAAAUGUUGAAGUCCUUUCGGGAUGAAUUGUCCAAUAUGGUGGCUGGAAUAAGUGAUGGUGAGGUACUUACCUCAAUGCGCAGAUUGGAGGAGAAUGUCGAAAGAGAAUUUCUGGCUAUUGAGACAAGGCAGAGAACACUGGAGCAGAGACAGACUCUGCUAGAGGAGAGACAGGCUUGUUUCAAGUACAAUAUGCAGAGAUAA